AUGGAUCUUAAAGCACAAAAGGCGCAGAGACGAGUACUAAGGACUGCAUUUACCUUAGUCGCAAAUAAGAUAGAAAAUGAGCUUAAGAAUGAUGUAGUAGAUUUAGGAAAGAUUUCGUUGCUACAAGUGCAAUUGAAAGAUAAAUAUUUAAGAUUAGAAGCUGUGCAAGAAGCAGUGUCUGGAGCUUUGCUACAGUUAGAAGAUGAUGGAAGAGAGUUCGAGGCUGAUUUCACUGAGGCAGAAGGCUACCGUGAAAGGUAUUUAGAAUACUACUCUCUCAUCGAUAAGAAGUUGAAAGAGACUGUUAUUUCUGAAGUACCAGACACACCAAGAAAGUUCAAGUUACCCAAGCUCGAACUGAGGAAAUUUGAUGGAGACCCAAAGGAGUUCCUUUCGUUUUGGAGCCAGUUCCAAAAAAUUCACGACGACCAGGACAUCCCUGACGAAGACAAGAUGCAGUAUCUUGUGGCUUCUGUCGAACCCAAGUCAAAGGCGGAGAGACUCAUUCUUAGUUUUCCGGCUACUGCAGCGAAUUAUCCUAAGGCAGUGGCGCAAUUGAAAGAGCGGUUUGGAAGAGAAGAUCUGCUCGUCCAAAUUUAUGUUCGGGAUCUUCUGACAAUGGUUAUGAAGAAUGCUGUGUCCAGUAGAGCGAAAACAGACCUUUCAAGACUAUAUGACGAGUUGGAGGGAAAGCUGAGAGCCCUGGAGAGCCUAGGACGAACAAAGGAAAAGUUCGGCGAUUUCCUAGCCCCCCUGGUUGAGAGCUGCCUGCCCGAAGAAGUGCUUAAGACGUGGGAACGCAACAGAAAUCACCACGAAUUAUGCGACAACACCGCCGAAAAGAACACUCGCUCCUUAGAGAAUCUCAUGACUUUUCUCCGUCAAGAGGUGCAGGGUGAAGAGAUGGUUGUGUUAGCAAGAACUGGAUUUGCAGCGAAUCAAAUUACCCGUAAAAAAGAAUAUGUUGCUGCCCCUCUAAACGAGAUUAGUGGAGAUAUGGCUACUACCGCAGCCCUGGUAAGCUUAAAAUCCACUGACAAUAAAGUUGUCUGUAUUUUUUGUGAUAAACCCCAUCCCAGCCAUAAAUGUUUUUCAGCAAAGAAAAUAUCUCUUAAUGAAAAGUUAAAAAUAUUGUCUAAAAAGGGAGCCUGCUAUUCAUGUUUAACUAAAUCAAAUCAUAUCAGUAGGCAGUGUGACUUAAAAUCUAAACUGAAGUGUAAUUUCUGCUCUUUAUCUCAUUAUGAUAUUAUGUGUAGUAAAAAACCUGAUAAAUCUCCAAGUGUUAAAAAUUCUCCUUCCACUAUUACUCUUUCUAAUCAAUGUAGCAGAAAUCGAACAGUUUAUUUGCAGACUCUCUGCGUAAUUGCGCGAGGUCAAGGUCGAGAAAAACGCGUAAGAAUUCUUUUAGAUUCAGCUAGCCAGUAUUCUCACGUGAGUGAAAGAUUAAUUGCGCACUUGGGAUUAAUACCACAUAGAUAUGAAAACGUAAUUCACUCCCUGUUUGGAGGAACGCAAACGAAGCCUAAGCAACAUGGAGUUUAUUCUAUCGAGCUGUCAGCUUUGAAUAGAGAUUACUCUUGUUGUUUAGAAGUUCUUUCGGAGGAAAAGAUGUGCAACAGUGUCCCGAAAAUAACAGAUCAGCGAAUUCUUAACAAUUUAAGAGAACUGAACAUAGAGUUUUCAGAUCCAUUCAGCGAAGAUUUAGAGAUCGAUGUGUUAGUGGGUUCGAAUGUGUUAGGUCGCAUUUUACUGAAGAAAUGUUGUGAAUUAGAUUCCGGUUUAUCUGUGGUUGAGACUAAACUGGGAAAUACAAUUAUAGGAAUGCAGAAUGAAGUGUGUCAUAUUGAUAGAAAUGUUAUGACAACACUUGCAAUGUAUGUAAGAAGUAUUAAAUUAACUGAUCUCUGGGAUCUCGAAAAUUUAGGCAUCUCAAAUCCAACACUAGGGGAAAGCAAACACAAUUCUUAUGAAGAAGCUUUAAAUGAUUUUCAGCAGAAGUUAACUAUUCUUCCUAACGGAAGGUACGAGUUACAGCUUCCGUGGAAAUAUGAUCCAGCUAAUUUACCUGAUAAUAAAGGUUUAACUUGGGUUAGACAUGAGAAAGUGAUCAAACGGGCUGCAAGUAAUGGCUUUCUCAGAGAGUAUCAAAAGGUUUUCGAGGAUUGGGAAAAUUUGGGGAUUAUUGAAAGUGUACCAGAAAAGGAAGUAAAAGCAAUUAAAUGUCAUUAUUUGGCGCAUAGGCCCGUAAUAAAACUGCAAAGUGAAACCACAAAGUAUCGUCCCUGUUUUGACGGGUCGGCUUGUGAAAGGGGUAAACCAUCAUUAAACCAAUGUUUAUAUAAAGGUAUAAAUCUUUUAGAAGUAAUACCCGAUAUUUUAGAUAGGUUUAGACUCUAUCCUAUAGGAUUAAGUGCAGAUAUAGAGAAAGCUUUUUUAAUGUUAUCAGUACAUCCAAAAGAUAGAGAUUAUCUUAGAUUUUUUUACCCUAGUAAAGAGGGAGAAUUGGUGUAUAGACAUUGUCGAAUUGUUUUUGGUUUAAAUUCUUCUCCUUUCCUAUUAAACGCAUCCAUAAAGCAUCUAUUAGAUAACGCCCCACUUGAAUACUAUGAUGUUGUAGAGAAAUUAAAAUGUUCAUUUUAUGUUGACAAUUGUUUAUCUGGUGUACAUAAUGUAAAGGAGGAAGAAAAUUUCAUUGAUACUGCUAAAAAGGUAUUGUCAAAAGGUUGUUUUAACUUACGAGGUUGGCAAAGCAAUGUAGCUUGUAAAUAUGUUUCUCAACAUACAGGAGAUGCGUCAGUUUUAGGCAUGUUAUGGAAUUUAGACGAAGAUACCUUGAGAUUUACUGUGCCUCGAUAUAUUGCCAUAAAUGGAACUUCUGAAAUCCAUGUUUUUGUUGAUGCAUCUAAAAGCUCAUAUGGUGCAUGUGUAUUUGUUCGAACUGUUGUAGAAAAUGAUGUAAAAGUUUCACUUUUACGUUCUAAGACUAGAGUAGCCCCCUUGAAAUCUCUUACCAUUCCUAGAUUAGAAUUAAUGGCCUGUUGCAUUGGAGCUAGACUUGCAAAUUCAAUUGUCCGUGCUUUACAUCUACCAGAAAUAAAAGUAACUUACUGGACCGAUUCAGAAGUGGCUCUUUGGUGGAUAAGAGAGCAAGGAAAUUGGUCUGUGUUUGUGGCCAAUCGGGUAAAAGAAAUAAGGGAACUUACCAAAUUUCAGUCAUGGAGGCAUGUUCCAGGUAAUAUGAAUAUAGCAGAUUUGUUAUCACGAGGUUGUACCCCCAAACAGAUGUUAGAUUCUAAAUGGUGGGAGGGACCUCAAUGGUUAAAAAAAAGUAGAGAACAGUGGCCUGCCAGUGAAAUUAAUUGUGAACCUAAGGAUGUUAUUUUGGAAAAAAGGAAGUCUGAAUUAGUUAAUGUAAAUAUUUCUGAGGAAGUGGUCCCGUGGUAUGCUGUACGAUUUUCCAAAUACAAUUCAAUAGUUCGUUUAAUGGGUUGGAUUUUAAGAUUCAUCAAUAAUUCUAGGGUUCCUGUUGAGGAAAGAAAACUUUCCAAACUAUCGUCGGACGAUAUAGAAAAGGCUGAAAAGGUGUUAAUUCGGUUAGUGCAAGGUAAAAUGUUUCCUAAUUUGAAGUCGAUACCCAUUGUAAAUGUCUUUAAAGACAAUGAGGGAAUCCUUAGAGUUAAAACUAAAAUAACCGAGAGAAAAGAUGAUCCAAAUUUUAUUGCUCCUAUUUUGAUGCCUAGUAAAUGCCUUUUAACCACAAGAUUAAUUGAAUAUUAUCAUUUAAAAAACUGUCACGCUGGGGUUCAAAUUCUUACGUCUAUACUGCGUGAAAAAUUCUGGAUAAUGAAAACGCGAAAAACGGUUAGGGAAGUAGUUAUGAAGUGUGUGCCUUGUAGUCGAUAUAGCUCAAACUCUCCUAUGAGUGAUCCGGUGAGUCUGCCUGCAGAUCGUGUUAAAGAUGCUAACGCGUUCGACAUCACAGGUAUUGAUUUGGCAGGACCUCUUUUUACUAGAGAUGGAGGUAAGGUGUGGAUAGUACUUUAUACCUGUGCCAUUUAUCGGGCGAUACAUCUAGAGCUAGUAAGUUCAUUGUCCACUGAGUGUUUCAUGCUUUCUUUAAGACGGUUUAUAGCACGUCGUACUAGACCAGAAACUAUAUAUACAGAUAACGGAACUAAUUUUGUUGGCACCAAUAGUGAAUUGAAAAAUCUAGAUUGGGAUGGGAUAAUGCGAGAGACCGACAUUAAACCUAUUAAAUGGAAGUUCAAUCCUCCAACUGCCGCUUGGUGGGGAGGAUGGUGGGAGAGAUUAGUACGAGUAAUUAAAGAAUUAUUGAAGCGUACUUUAGGUAAGGCAAUUUUAAAAUAUGAAGAACUUUUAACUGUUCUGUGUGAUUGUGAAGCGGUGGUGAAUUCUCGUCCAUUAACCUAUAUUUCGGAAGAUCCGAAUGAUUUAAUACCAUUAACGCCAAGUUUGUUUUUAAACGGGAAAUCUUCAUAUGAUACCAUAGAUUUAGAUUUAAGUGAAUUCUCUAAGUUUCAGAAAAGAAUAAGGUAUCGUAGAAAACUGAUCCAUGAUUUUAGAUCACGUUUCAGGAAAGAAUAUCUUGGUCAACUACGUCAAAAACGCCCAGGAAAGUCUGGUCAUGAUUUCAAAGUUGGUGAAGUCGUGAUGAUUGAAGAACCAUCCAAAAAGCGCGUGUAUUGGCCUUUAGGAAAAGUAAUAAGUCUGCUUCCAGGUAGGGAUGGUAAAGGCCGUACCUUGAAAUUAAAACUUAAGAACUCUGAACUGAUUCGUCCAAUUCAAAGAGUUUAUCCACUCGAAGUACCGUUUAUAAAUAAUGAAAUUGUAAAAAUUGAUGGCGUUCCGACAUCUAGUGUUAAAGAAAAUGAAUUAACCAGUAAUGCAGUCAUAAGAAAUAGAAUCACUAAAUCAGGUAGAUUAGUUAAAAUACCUGAAAGACUUGGAUUAUUUAAUGAGGUUUUACAUGCUUUUGAGUGA